GGAGCCUAUUAGGAGCGGUGCGGCUGAGAGUCUGGCGGGGCAGGAUACUAUCCGAGGAGGCUGUGUGCAAAAGGGGGAGAAAAAAUUGGUUUUCACGGACAGUACAACCAAACUAGCCUCCGACUUCACUGUGGAUCUUUCAUGUUUUUUUAGUUUUUUUUUUAGAAGAGCCACAUCAAACUACCUCUAAGAUUACACAUUUCUCCCAGAUUUUCCUGUCCCGUAAUCAGUAUGUCCAGUAGCCCUAUUAUCAGGGUUCUGGUGGUGCUUUGCAUCGGGACCGCUGUGAACUGUAUGCCGAACAGGAAAAGCAGGCGACAGGCUCAUCAGGGAGAAAUAAAAAUACCUUCUGUAUCAUCCGUCUCUCAAGACGGCUGCAUUGAUAAUGGGCAAAUGUAUAACAUUAACGACCAAUGGGAGCGUUCCUAUCUGGGAACUAUGUUGAUCUGCACUUGUCACGGAGUUGCAGGAAUUAAGUGUAAAACGAAACCCGAAGCUGAGGAGACCUGCUACGAUAAGAUCAACGCCAGGUCUUAUCGGGUUGGCGAGACCUAUGAGAGACCCAAAGAGGGCAUGAUCUGGGACUGUACAUGCAUUGGCUCAGGCCGGGGGAAAAUCAGCUGCACCAUUGCCAACCGCUGUCAUGAGGGCGGUCAGUCCUAUAAGAUUGGGGACACGUGGAAGAGACCUCAUGACACUGAGAGCUAUAUGCUAGAGUGUGUCUGUCUGGGCAACGGCAAGGGAGAGUGGACCUGCAAACCUGUCGCGGAGCGUUGCUAUGACAACACGGCGGGGACAUCCUACGUGGUGGGUGAAACAUGGGAGAAACCGUAUCAGGGCUGGAUGAUCGUAGACUGCACCUGUCUAGGAGAGGGGAGUGGCAGGAUCACCUGUACCUCUAGAAAUCGGUGUAACGACCAGGACACACUGACGUCCUAUCGUAUCGGAGACACCUGGAGCAAGACGGACGCUCGAGGUCACAUGUUGCAGUGUCUGUGUACGGGGAACGGGCGUGGCGAAUGGAAGUGUGAGAGGCACGCCUCCCUGCACACUACCGGCCUGGGCACUGGGUCCCGUGUGGUCACCAACAUCCAGCCGGCUGUGUAUCAGCCCCACCCCCUCCCCCAGCCCGGCCUGGAGCCUCUCCCCGGUCUAGCCCAGGACGGGGCCUGCCAGAUGGACGCGGGGGUGGCCUACGCCCUGGGGAUGAGAUGGAUCAAGACCCAGGGGAGCAAACAGAUGCUGUGUACCUGCCUGGGCAACGGGGUCAGCUGUGAGGAGUGGGAGGGCCCAGCCCCAGUGUACGGUGGGAACUCUAAUGGUCAGCCCUGUGUGUUCCCCUUCACCUUUAUGGGAAAGACCCACCACUCGUGUACCUCAGAGGGACGCCCCGACGGGCAGCUGUGGUGUUGUGUUUCCUCCGACUGCGAGACAGAACAGAAAUUCUCCUUCUGUACCAAGAAGAAUGUGAUGGUGACAACCAGAGGAGGAAACUCUAACGGUGCUCUGUGUCAGUUCCCCUUCCUCUACAAUGGGAGAAACUACACAGACUGUAGCGCCGACGGGCGCAGGGACGGCAUGAAAUGGUGUGGAACCACCACCAACUAUGACGGUGAACAGAGGUUUGGCUUCUGCCCCAUGGCUGCUCACGAGGAGGUGUGUACGACCAGCGAGGGCGUGAUGUACCGUGUGGGAGACCAGUGGGACAAACGCCACGAUGUCCUGGGACACAUGAUGCGCUGUACCUGCGUUGGGAACGGACGUGGAGAGUGGAGCUGUAUCGCUUACUCCCAGCUCAAAGAUCAGUGUAUUGUGGACGGGUUGACCCAUGAGGUGAAUCAGACCUUCACUAAGCUUCAUGAAGAGGGCUACAUGAUGAACUGUUCCUGUUUCGGACAGGGCCGUGGGCGCUGGAAGUGUGACGCCAUUGACCAGUGCCAGGAGCCAGAGACCAGGGUGUUCUAUCAGAUCGGCCAAUCAUGGGACAAACUGAUCCACAGCGUCAUGUACAAGUGUUAUUGCUACGGCAACGGUAUCGGCGAGCUCAGCUGUGAGCCCCAACAGUCUUUCCCAGGUGGUAACCGUCCAGUCCAGGUGAUCAUCUCCGAGUCUGGUAACCAGCCCAACUCCCACCCCAUCCAGUGGAACGCCCCGUCCUCCGCACACAUCACACAGUACAUACUCAAGUGGAGAGUGAAAAACACCCGUACCCCUUGGCGAGAGGUGAAUAUCCCGGGUCACCUCAACUCCUACACUAUCGCUGGCCUGAAGCCAGGCAUCACCUACGAGGGUCAGCUGAUCAGUGUGCUACGUUUCGGACGCCGCGAGGUCACACGCUUCGACUUCACCACCACAUACGGCUCCUUGGCGACUUCAGAGGGAGAGACCACCCAGCCUCCUCCGGUGGUGGACAUCAGUGAGUCUGUUACAGAGAUCACUUCCAGCAGCUUUGUCAUCUCCUGGAUGUCCGCCUCUGACACCGUGUCUGGCUUCAGGAUCGAGUACGAGCUCAGCGAGGAGGGACAAGAGAGAGGACAGCCCAUGAUUCUCGAUCUCCCCCGCACCGCUACCUCUGUGAACAUCAAUGAGCUGCUUCCUGGAAGGAAAUACACUGUGAAUGUGUACGAGGUGACACCUGCUGGAGAGCCCAACCUCAUCCUCACAACCUCUCAGACCACUGCUCCCGACGCUCCCUCUGACCACGAGGUGGACGAGGUGGGAGAGACCUCUAUCAUAGUCAGCUGGGAGAAACCCCUGGCUCCUAUCACAGGUUACCGUGUGAUCUACACCCCGUCUGUAGAGGGCAGCCACAACGGAGCUGCGACGGAGCUCACCCUGCCGGACACCGCGACCUCCGUGACCUUGAGUGACCUUCGACCAGGUCUGCUCUACAACAUCAGUAUCUACGCAGUGGAGGAUAGUCUGGAGAGUGAACCUGUGUUCGUACAGGUCAACACAGCCGGAGAACCCUUACCAGAGGAAGUCCCGUCUCCUACAGACUUGCAGUUCUUCGAGGUGUCUGACGUGAAGAUCACCAUCACCUGGACGGGGCCCCCUACUGACGUGUCUGGGUACAGAGUGACUGUGGCCCCCGUCGGUCCCGACGGGACCCCUCAGAGAGAACUCCAGCUCCCCGUCACACACAACGCCUAUGCAGAGGUCACCCACCUGACCCCCGGGACUCCGUACCGCUUCAGCAUCUACACCGUCAAGGGAGGAGAGGAGAGCCAGCCGCUGGUUGCAGAGCAGGCUACCAAGCCUGAUUCCCCAGCUGAUGUUCAUUUCACCAACGUGACCGAGGACAGUGCUCUGAUCAUGUGGGUGCCCCCCCGGGCCCGCAUCACCGGAUACCGUCUGUUCCUGACCCUGGAGGGAUCCAACCCUAAACAGCUACGCCUGCCCGCCCGCCUGUCUCAGUACACCCUGCUCAACCUCCGCCCAGACACGGAGUACACGGCCAUCCUGCACUCUGAACAGGAUAAUACGCUCAGUGAGGGCGCCUCCAGGACCUUCUCCACCACUCAGCUAAUGGGGAACGCCCCUCGCUUCAGUACUGAUGUCACAGACACCUCCAUCAUCAUCUCCUGGACACCCGUACCCCGAGUGGGAUACAAGUUGACGGUGAGGCCCAGUCAGGGAGGCGAGGCCCCCAGAGAUGUGACCUCUAACUCGGGCAGCAUUUAUAUCUCAGGCCUGACCCCUGGGGUUGAGUACACCUACAGCGUUCAGCCAAUCGUCAACGGAUAUGAGCAGGGCAACCCAAUCACACGCCGCAUAGUCACACCUCUGUCUCCUCCUACUGACCUCAAACUGGAGUCCCACCCUGACAGAGGAGAGCUGACUGUCCAGUGGACCGAAGCCAGCACCCCAGACAUCACCGGCUACAGGGUGACAUGCACGCCAACCAACGGGCAGCGAGGAAACAGCCUGGAGGAGUUUGUGAAAGCGGGUCGGACCUCGUGCACGCUGGAGAACCUCAGCCCUGGCGUGGAGUACAACGUCAGUGUCUUCACCGUUAAAGAUGACAUGGAGAGCGUUCCUGUCUCCGCCACCGUUACGCAAGACGUGCCCCAGCUAACAGACCUCAACUUCGUCGACGUCACCGACACGACUAUCGGCCUGAAGUGGAACCCACUGAACUAUACGGCGGUCACAGGCUACCGUAUCACGGUUAUGGCAGCCGGGGAGAGCGUACCCAUAUUCGAGGACAUGGUGGAGGCCACCACCGGGUACUACACCGUGUACGGACUGGAGCCCGGCAUCGAUUAUGACAUUUCAGUCAUCACCGUGACAGAGAGUGGAGAGAGCGAGCCUACCACACUCACGCAGCAAACUGCCGUUCCUGCCCCUACUAACCUGGGCUUCCCUGAGGUGGGUCCUGACAGUAUGCAGGUGUCCUGGACAGCUCCUGUGGUUCCUAACCCCGCUGACAUCAGCAGCUUCGUUAUUCGCUACCACCCCAUCGAUGACGAGGAUGACAUCACAGAAAGCAGCGUCGGAAGGAAUGCCGACACCGUGGUUCUUAAGAAUCUGAUUUCCAACACAGAGUACCUGGUCAGUGUGGUGUGUGUCUAUGAAGCGAGGGAGAGCUCCCCUCUGGUCGGCACCCACAAAACAACUCUGGACUCCCCCAGCGGUCUACGGUUCUCAGAAAUCCUGACCAACUCCUUCACGGUGCACUGGCAGGCCCCCAACGCCAUCAUCACUGGCUACCGGAUUCGUUAUCAGAUGACCAGCGGCGGGCGGGCCAAGGACGAGAGGCUGCCGCCAUCCAGGAACCACUUCACCCUGACCGGGUUGACCCCCGAGACGGAAUACAUCGUCAACAUCUAUGCCGUCAGCGGCCAGCAGGACAGCAAGCCGCUCACCGGCAAACAGAAAACCAUCUCUGAUGCUCCUACUGACCUGGAGGUAGUGUCCUCCUCCCCCACCAGUGUCACAGUCCGCUGGGACGCCCCCUCUGUUACCGUGAGGUACUACAGGAUCACCCAUGGAGAGUCAGGUCUGUCCGGUGGCCACAGCACCCCUAAAGAGUUCACUGUGCCUGGUUCCCAGUCUACUGCCACCAUCCAGAACCUGAGGCCUGGUACUGACUACACCAUCACGGUCUACGCUGUGACCGGCAGAGGGGACAGCCCAGCCUCCAGCACACCCAUUUAUGUCACCCACAAGACAGAUAUUGACUCUCCUUUGGAGAUGAAGGUGACCGACGUUAAGGACAGCACCAUCACCGUGAGGUGGUCCCCGGCCCAGGGGCCCGUCCAAGGGUACAGGAUCACUGGGGUCCCCAAGAACGGACAGGGUCCCUCCUUCUCUGAGACCGUUGCUCCAGAUCAGACUGAGAUGACGUUCUCUGGCCUGCAGCCCACGGUAGAGUACAUCCUCAGUGUGUAUGCUCUGGGACAGGACGGAGAGAGCCCUCCCCUGGUUGAGACCGCUGUCACUGCCGUGGGUCGCCCCACAGACCUGACCUUCUCCAACGUUGACUCCACCUCCAUGACCAUUUCCUGGGACUCGCCCGACGGCCAGGUGACGUCGUACCGCGUCCUGUACGCCAGCCCCGACGAGGGCGAGAGGGAGCUGCGCCCCGCACCCCGCGGAGACGACGAAUCGGCAACGAUCCACGGCCUGCGACCCGGAAGUGAAUACACUGUGAAGGUCAUUGCUAUGCACGACCGUACUCCCAGUCCUCCGCUGGUGGGUGUUCAGGCCACAGCCAUCCCUUCCCCCACCAACCUUGAAUUCUCCCAGAUCACCUCCUCCUCCUUCACCAUCAACUGGCGCACCACGUUCAAUGCCCGUCUGACCGGGUACCGGGUGGUCGUCAACCCCAAGAACAAGAGCGGUCCCACCAAGGAGAUGAAUGUUGCUCCCGACACCACAAAGGUCCACGUGCCGGGACUCAUGGUUGCCACUAUGUAUGAGGUGCAUGUUUACGCCCUGAAGAACUCUCUGACGAGCCGCCCAGUUCAAGGAGAGGUCACAACACUGGACAACAUCAGUCCUCCUCGUCGCGUGCGUAUCUCUGACGUCAAGGACUCCUCCAUCACGCUGACCUGGAGAUCCAAGACCGAGACCAUCUCUGGCUUCCUGGUUGAGGCCACGCCCACCACCGGAGGCCGCACCCCCAUCCAGAGGACCAUCGCCCCUGAUUCCCGCACCUACACCAUACAAGGUCUUCAGCCUGGCUCAACCUACAAGAUCAACAUAUACACUCUGAACGGCAAUGGCCGCAGUGCUCCCUUCACCCUCACUGCCACCACAGCUAAGCCUGUGGUGUCUCCCCCCACCAACAUCCGGUUCACCUCUCUGACCCCUAGCAGCAUCUCCUUUACCUGGGAGGGGUCCCGUAGUGCCGGGGUCACCGGGUAUUACGUCACCUACGAGGAAGCGGGGGGCAUCCCCCGAGAACUCACCCCGCGACCCACCGCUUCCCGCAGCCAAGCCAUCAUCACCGGUCUGAAACCAGGAACUGAAUACGUCAUCAAGAUCGUCACCCUGCAGAAUGCUCUGAGAAGCACUCCUCUCGUGGGCAAAGCUAGAACUCAACUGGCAUCCCAGCUCCCUGUGUCCCACCGGCCCAGCCCCGACAUCCUGGAUGUGCCCGAGGACGAGGUUAACCCCAACUUCCCCACCGACCUCGACUUUAACCCCGGCAACCCUAGUUUCAACACCAACCCUAAUGGAAACCCCAACUACCCUCCCAACACCAACCCCAACUAUAACGGCAACCCAAACGGCAACCCCGACCAGUUCAACCCCAAUGGUAACCCCAACUUCCACGUGAACCCCAAUCCUAACUUCAACCCCAAUGGGAACCCCAACACCAACCCAAAUGGAAAUUUCAACGUGAACCCCAACCAGUUCAAUCCCAACACCAACCCGAAUGGGAACCCCAACCAGUUUAACCCGAAUGGGAACCCCAACCAGUUUAACCCCAAUGGUAACCCCAACCCUAACUUUAACUUCAACCCCAAUGAGAAUCCCAACACCAACCCCAAUGGGAACUUCAACGUGAACCCCAACCUCCCCCUCAACCCGAAUGGGAACCCCAACCAGUUCAACCCCAACACCAAUCCUAACCCUAACUUUCCCUUCAACCCCAACAGCAAUGCCAACACCAACCCUAAUGGGAACCCCAACUUCUAUGGCAGCGCCAACCAUAACCCCAUUUUUAACACCAACCCUAACUUCAACCCCAAUCCCAACCUCCCCCUCAACCCCAGCGGGAACCCCAACCCUAAUGGCAACCCCAACUAUAACGUCAAUGUGAACCCCAACCUUCCCCUCAACCCUAACGGGAACCCCAACCCCAACUUCAACACCAACCCUAACCCCAACUUCAACACCAACCCUAACGGGAACCCCAACACUAACCCCAACCCUAACGGGAACCCCAACACCAACCCUAACGGGAACCCCAAUACUAACCCCAACCCUAACCCCAACUUCAACACCAACCCUAACUUCAACACCAACCCUAACGGGAACCCCAAUACUAACCCUAACCCCAACUUCAACACCAACCCUAACCCCAACUUCAACACCAACCCUAACGGGAACCCCAAUACUAACCCCAACCCUAACUUCAACACCAACCCUAACCCCAACUUCAACACCAACCCUAACCCCAACUUUCCCCUCAACCCCAACGGGAACCCCAACACCAACCCCAAUGGGAACACCAACCCUAACCCCAACUUUCCCCUCAACCCCAACGGGAACCCCAACACCAACCCCAAUGGGAACACCAACCCUAACCCCAACUUUCCCCUCAACCCCAACACCAACCCUAACCCCAACUUUCCCCUCAACCCCAACGGGAACCCCAACUUCAACACCAACCCCAAUGGGAACACCAACCCCAACUUUCCCCUCAACCCCAACGGGAACCCCAACACCAACCCUAACACCAACUUUCCCCUCAACCCCAACGGGAACCCCAACACCAACCCUAACCCCAACUUUCCCCUCAACCCCAGCGGGAACCCCAACACCAACCCUAACCCCAACUUUCCCCUCAACCCCAACACCAACCCUAACCGCAACUUUCCCCUCAACCCCAACGGGAACCCCAACACCAACCCUAACCCCAACUUUCCCCUCAACCCCAACUUCAACACCAACCCCAAUGGGAACACCAACCCCAACUUUCCCCUCAACCCCAACGGGAACCCCAACUUGAACCCCAACCCCAACUUCAACGAGAACCACGUCCAGCUGGUGGGGACUAACGGCCAGGACACGCUGGGCCAGCAGGGCCAGCACAUCUACACAGAGUACCAGAGCCUGGGCCCCAACCCCAACGUCAGGGACAACCAGGGCCCAGCUAUCCACCACCGUGAACCCCUGGUCUACAUCCCCGUCCCAGGCCCCGAUGGCCAGAGAGUGCCCCUGGUCCGGGUGAGCGAGGGUCCGUUAUCGGGUCGUCCGUUUGGGUUCCCUGAGAAUGAGACCGGGUUUGGGGUGCCGCAGGAGGCCCAGACACACACAACCAUCUCAUGGCAGGGUGUUCCCCAGAGCUCAGAGUACAUGGUAUCCUGUAGCCCCAUCACCAACCUCGAAGAGAAGAUGUUCCAGAUGCGAUUACCAGGCACUUCUACCAGUGCCACUCUGAUCGGGUUGACGUCGGGAGCCUCCUAUAACGUCAUUGUGGAGGCCAUGAGAGGGCAGAGCAGGGAGAAGGUCCUGGAGAAGAUAGUCACCGCUGGCAACGCUGUUCCAGGAGACGACCACCCCUCCAACAGAGACGUGUGUUAUGACACGUUCACAGCCACCUACCAUGAUGUGGGUGCAGAGUGGGAGCGUAUGUCAGAGACAGGCUUUAAGCUGUGGUGCAGGUGUCUGGGGCUGGGCAGUGGCCAUUUCAGAUGUGAUUCAUCCAAGUGGUGUCAUGACAGCGGGAACAACUACCGCAUAGGAGAGAAGUGGGAUCGCCACGCUGAGAACGGUCACAUGAUGAGCUGUACUUGUUUAGGCAACGGGAAGGGAGAGUUCAAGUGCGAGCCACAUGAGUCGACGUGUUAUGACGAGGGGAAGAUGUACCAGGUGGGCAACCAGUGGCAGAAGGAAUACCUGGGAGCUAUCUGUACCUGCACCUGUUACGGAGGACAACAGGGCUGGCGCUGUGAGAACUGCAGGAGACCGGGAGCUCAGACUGAUGUAGAUGUGGAUCUGCUACAGCCUCAAAUACACCAAGACGCAUUUGACCGCUACAGGGAGAACGCCCUGAAGAAACUGAACAUCCAGUGCCCUAUAGAGUGUCUGAGACCAGAUCUCCUAGCAGACGUACAGCAACCCUCCGAGUAAAGAAGGAGAGGGGAACCACAUCCUCCUCCUCAUCCUCUACUCACAUUACAGGACCUUCAGAAAGUAUUCCCAUCCCUGGACUUAUUCCACAACUUGUUGUUACAGCCUGAAUUCAAAAAUGGAUUAAAUAGAUUUUAAUGAAAGUGAAAAUGUUUUUAGAAAUUUUAGCAAAUAUAUAUAUAUUGAAAAUGAAAUGCAUAAAUAUCUAAUUUACUUAUGUAUUCACAUCCCUGAGUCAAUACUUUGUAGAAGGACCUUUCUGGGUAAGUCUAAGAGCUUUGCCCACCUGGAUUGUACAAUAUUUGCCCAUUUUUAUUCUUUUUAAAAGACUUCAAGCUCUGUCAAGUUGGUUGUUGAUCAUUGCUAGACAGCCAUUUUCAAGUAUUGACAUAGAUUUUCAAGCCAAAACUAGGCCACUCAGGAAUAUUCAAUGUCUUCAUGAUAAGCAACUUCAGUGUAGAUUUGGCCUUGUGUUUUAGGUUAUUGUCCUGGUGAAAUCUCUGAAUGGUUUCCUUCCUCUCUGGCAACUGAGUUAGGAAGGACGCCUGUAUCUUUGUAGUUCCUGGGUGUAUUGAUACACCAUCCAACGUGUAAUUAAUAACUUCACCAUGCUCAAAAGGGAUAUUCAAUGUCUGCUUUUUCCCCCCCAGUCUGCUACCAAUAGGUGCCCUUCUUUGCGAGGCAUUGGAAAACCUCCCUGGUCUUUGUAGUUGAAUCUGUGCUUGAAAUUCACUACUAGAUUGAGUGGGGUAAAGAGAUUAUGCAAUUUGUCAAGCACAUUUUUACUCCUGAACUUUAGGCUUGCCAUUACAAAGAGGAUGAAUACUUAUUGACUCAAUACAUUUCAACUUUUUAACAUUUUAUUACUUUACAAAAUGUUCUACAAAACAAUAUUCCAUUUUGACAUUAUGGGGGGUAUUGUGUGUAAAUCAUUGACACUCAAUUUCAAUUUAAUCCAUUUUAAAUUCAGGCUGAAACACAACAAAAUGUUGGAAAAAGUCCAGGUGUGUGAAUACUUUCUGAAGGCUGUGUAUCUGUGACUUACCCAGAGUGCACUAGGGUCGGUCUCACGAAAGACUGCCUGCGGGCACCAUUUUCUUUAAAAAAAAAGUAGUCAACUUGGUGGGACUUCCUAUGUGUUGCCCAUAGAAAUAUAAUUCCUACUGAAUUCUUAUAGACUUGUAUUUUUAUGGCGAUGUCUUCCCAUGCUGUCACAGAAGUAGUCCAUGGAACAUAUUACUGUAGGAAGUGUAAACUUACUGUUCCUGUCCUUCACUAACCUUAUUCAGUGGUCUGGUCUGACCAAUAACCACCAUCCUGCUGCUUCUCCACAUUGCCACUCCUUUCUAUAGCGUCACUUCAAAAUACCCCCAAGGCAAAGAAAGGGUCUUUUAUAUUUUAAUGUUUGUUUUUCCGUUGUCCUACCUAGUCCUUCGAGACAUUCCGAUGAAAAGAGAAAACGGAAAAUCUGUACAGAGGUUCUAAAGCCGGUCAGAAUUCCUCCGGUAGCCUACUCUGAUCUGUUGCCAUUCCUCCUGUAGCCUACUCUGAUCUGUUGCCAUUCCUCCGGUAGCCUACUCUGAUCUGUUGCCAUUCCUCCGGUAGCCUACUCUGAUCUGUUGCCAUUCCUCCGGUAGCCUACUCUGAUCUGUUGCCAUUCCUCCGGUAGCCUACUCUGAUCUGUUGCCAUUCCUCCGGUAGCCUACUCUGUUUCCACUCUGUGCUGUUCCCAUUCCUCCGGUAGCCUACUCUGUUUCUACUCUGUGCUGUUUCUAAUUCUCCUGUAGCCUACUCUGUUUCUACUCUGUGCUGUUCCCAUUCCUCCUGUUUCUACUCUGUGCUGUUCCUAAUUCUCCGGUAGCCUACUCUGUUUCUACUCUGUGCUGCCCGAACCAGAGCUUUCUCUCUCUGGUGUGAGAUUUUACCCCAGAGAAACAUUCAGAAGUUUACAAUGUGAAAACUCUGACGGCAUCGUGAGUUAUCUGGAAUGGAGAAUAUUUCCACCCUAUCCCAUCCUAGCUCAAAUGGUUCUACAGAGAACUAAGAUCAGUGUUUUCAAGUAUAACCCUGUUCCUUAUAUAGUGAACCACUUUUGAAUACAGAGGACUCACAUGAGCACUUUGUCUUCAUGUAUUUAAAAUCUCUUUGGAGACUUCAACUACCAGUCUAACAAAAAUAAAAAAAAACAUUUUUAAAACCAAGCACGGUCUUUAAUGCAGUGGUAUUCAAAGCCGUGGUCUGAGUGGGGUCGCCAAAAUGUUUUUUAUAUAUAUAUAUAUAUAAAAAAUAAUUAAGAACCAAAAAUUAAGAGUACAGAUUAUUGUAUGGGACAUUAUGCAAACAUUUUUGAGAAAUAAUUUGAAAAAUACAUUUUUUAUUGAGUAAAUGUAUUUAUUGGUUUCUUUCAUUUUGAAAAGACGUUUAUGUAAAAAUCGAAAUUUGCAGAUUUUCUUUUUUAAGGUUGUCAUUCGAUUUGGGGUGGGAUCAUAAGAAAUUUGGUCCCCAGAAAUUCUAUUGGGGGGGGGGGGGGGGGAUGGGGUCCCCGCUGAAUACCACUGCUUUAAUGCAAGAGUUGUAUCACAGAGGUACACUGCAAGUGGGUGUUCAUUCAAUGUCCAGAAAUAUAUCUGUUGUUUUCAUGUACUUCCGCCAUUUUGUGGACGGAAGCUCUAAGAUGGCUGCCAGUUGAGUUGCAUUGUUUCAUACCGAUCUCAACUGCUGUUUUUAAUUUAUCCCUUUUAUCCAAGCAUUUUGUUUUAAUGCUAUUUGGGGUGUACACGUUUUUUUGUUAAUUUUUUUUAUAUUGUAGGUGCCAAAGUCUUAACUACUGUGGACUGAAUUCCUUUUUAAUAAACAAAAAAAUGUUUUUUGGAA